CAAUAUUGUGGAAACAAAAACUAAAAACAACACCUUCCAUGAAAUUUCAUUUCAAAAUAUUAGAAUUCCUCAACUCCAUUCCAUCCACUAGUCAACGAGACCUCUGCUACCCACCGCCUCUUCUUCAACACCUUCCCCACCAUCUUCUCUGCAUCCCUUAAUGCAGUCUCCAACACAAAGGGAAUGGAGAAAGGAUCUUCCCCAACCAAGAGAUGAGCCUUUUUAGCUGAACCUCCCUCCCAGCUUGCAUUUUUGUUCAUGGUGAAGAGGUUUGGAGCCAAUAGUCAUUGAGCAUCCAAGGACCCUCUCUCUGAUUUUCUUGGAUUCCAAACUCCCUGGUAAUUUUGGUUCAAGCCAUCCAAAAAUGGCUUCUUCCAGCACCCGUAGAGCCUCUUCUGCUACUUCUAUUUCUCGUAAUUAUGAUGUGUUCUUGAGUUUUAGAGGUGGUGACACUCGCAAAAAUUUCACUGAUCAUCUGUAUACCACUUUGACUGCAUAUGGGAUUCAUUCUUUCAAAGAUGAUGAAGAACUUGAGAAAGGGGGAGAUAUUGCAUCUGAUCUCUUAAGAGCUAUAGAAGAAUCGAGGAUUUUUAUUAUUAUUUUCUCAAAAAAUUAUGCUUACUCCAGAUGGUGUUUAAAUGAACUUGUAAAGAUCAUUGAACGCAAGAGCCAAAAGGAAUCACUGGUUCUACCAAUUUUCUACCAUGUGGAUCCAUCUGAUGUACGAAACCAAAAGGGAAGUUUCGGAGACGCACUUGCCUGCCAUGAAAGAGAUGCAAAUCAAGAAAAGAAAGAGAUGGUACAAAAGUGGAGGAUUGCCUUGAGAAAAGCAGCUAAUCUAUGUGGAUGCCAUGUGGAUGACCAGUAUGAGACUGAGGUUGUCAAAGAAAUUGUUAAUACAAUCAUUAGAAGAUUAAACCAUCAACCUUUAAGUGUGGGAAAGAACAUAGUUAGUGUUCAUUUGGAAAAAUUGAAAUCAUUGAUGAACACUAACUUGAAUAAGGUUAGCGUGGUUGGGAUAUGUGGAAUUGGUGGGGUUGGUAAGACUACUAUCGCUAAGGCUAUUUAUAAUGAGAUCUCAUAUCAAUAUGAUGGUAGUAGCUUUCUUAAAAAUAUCAGAGAGAGAUCCAAAGGUGAUAUACUUCAAUUACAACAAGAACUUCUUCAUGGUAUCCUAAAGGGGAAAAAUUUUAAAGUAAACAAUAUUGAUGAAGGAAUUAGUAUGAUAAAGAGGUGUCUCAGCUCCAAUAGAGUUCUUGUUAUUUUUGACGAUGUAGACGAGUUGAAGCAACUAGAAUAUCUGGCUGAAGAGAAGGAUUGGUUUGAGGCCAAAAGUACAAUCAUCAUUACAUCUAGAGACAAACAAGUGCUUGCUCAAUAUGGAGUAGAUAUAUCAUACGAGGUUUCAAAAUUAAAUAAGAAAGAAGCUAUUGAAGUCUUUAGUUUGUGGGCCUUUCAACACAAUCUUCCCAAAGAAGUUUAUAAAAACCUCUCAUACAAUAUCAUAGAUUAUGCUAAUGGCCUUCCAUUAGCACUUAAAGUUUUAGGUGGGUCUCUUUUUGGAAAGACAAGAAGUGAAUGGGAAAGUGCAUUGUGUAAGCUAAAAACAAUACCCCACAUGGAAAUUCACAAUGUGCUUAGAAUAAGUUUUGAUGGACUUGAUGAUGUAGACAAGGGAAUAUUUUUGGAUGUUGCAUGUUUUUUCAAAGGGAAUGACAAAGAUUAUGUGUCAAGAAUAUUGGGUCCUUAUGCAGAGUAUGGAAUAACAACUCUAGAUGAUAGAUGCCUCUUAACCAUUUCAAAAAACAUGCUAGAUAUGCAUGAUUUAAUACAACAGAUGGGUUGGGAAAUUAUUCGUCAAGAAUGUCUUGAAAACCUUGGAAGAAGGAGUAGAUUGUGGGAUUCUGAUGCCUAUCAUGUGCUAACAAGAAAUAUGUCUUAUAUUUUUCAGGGGGCACAAGCAAUUGAAGGACUAUUCCUAGAUAGAUGUAAAUUUAAUCCAUCACAUCUGAAUAGAGAAUCUUUCAAAGAGAUGAAUAGACUUAGAUUGCUUAAAAUCCGUAGCUAUGGACCCGCAUUUCUCACGUGCGCCCCCACUCGAUCAGCGAGACUCGCUUUUAUUUGGUGA